AUGACUGAAUGGUUCUAUGCGGUCCUGCAGAAAAUCAUCAAGACAACCAAGGGCAAGGUGAUAGUCAAGGAACAUUUUCAUGAUUGUGACUGCUUUCAUAUUCUACAUGCAUUGAUCCAGGAUGCCCACACCUCUGUAGAAGGUACACUGGAGUCUGUGGAGACCCUCAACCGGGUCACCAGGGUCAAAUACUCCACAACCAAGGGUUCUGCAGUGGAGUUCAUCAUCCACUACGAUGAAGUUCUCACACGAUACAAUGACUCCAAGACCAACGCGCAGGAUAAACUCAGUGAUAGUAUCCAAAAACUGUUCCUACAGCAGGCGUUCAUCGACAUCAAGGUUCUCAAUGACAUCAGCGCCAGGAAACAGGAGAACAUGUGCAGUAACGGUGCCCAUAUGUCCUACUCAUAUGAGAGAUACAAGGAGGUCCUGACCAACGCUGCUACCAGGUUUGAUGUCAACCACAAGCUUCUACCCCCUGGUAGAUCCCGCAGAGCCAACAUGGCUAUGAUCGACGAGUCUAAGGGUGAAGUCGGGCAACCUGAUGGCAUGGAUAGUCCAACGGAUGACCAAACUCAUCUCCAAGCAUUUGCGGCCAUGAGGGACCCCUCUGUCCGGCUCCCCGACCAACAUUGGACCCAACUUUCUAAUACGGGCAAGAAGAAUUGGCAUCAAUUUGAUGAUCACGACAAGAAGGUACUGAUGGCAUCCCAGCCGCCAGCACCCGCCGGUCGCCAAGCCAACGUUGCCAACAGCACGAUGGACCCCCGCAGUGAAGCUGACCUUGCAGUCGGGGACACACCAGGACCAUCAUUGGAUGUAAACCAGGCAGAUACGACACCUUCAGUUGGCAAACCUGCGGCUUCCCCAUCACAUUCGGCACCCCAGGCAAAGGCAAAUGACAAACACCCUGGGAAUGUCCGUCGAAUGAUGUCAAACAACACAGGCAAACGGCAGGGUUACACCGUCUCGUUCAGCCCUGAUACUGGUUCUGCCCCACCAUCUGGCUUUGCCAAGGCCACGGGUGAUGACAUUGACACCAAGUUACAGGCCUACUGGUCCUCUAGUCAGAUGCCUGAUGUCAGGGUUAUUCACCGCUACGGUCAAUUCAUUGAUCUCAGUGGCAUUGAUGACCAUACAGUUCAGAACCUCCAGCUUGCCACGGCAGCUGCUUACAUCCUCACAGACCAUGGCCCCAUCAUUGGUCUGAUACACCAGGGUGCUGCCAUGUCCCAUGGGAAAACCAUUCUCUCCCCAGGUCAGUUGGAGCAUUUCGGGUGCCGUGUCCAUGACAAGGCCCUGACUGUCACCGGGCUCGACCCUUACUUUGUGACCCCCAAUGGUUUCAGGGUGCCCAUGGCCAUCCAGUCCGGGCUACCCUAUGUCCAACUAUGGCCACCUACUGACCAGGAGCUCAGUGACAGUAGUAUUCCCCAUGUGGACCUCACCAGCCCUCAUGCCUGGGAUCCCUCCUGUCUUGACUCUGUCCCUGCGGAUGACUGGUUCCUUCAGCAGGACAACACCCUUUACAAUGAUGGGGAGUUCCCACUGGACCCUCUUGGGCGACUUUGA